GGUCGCAGUAAUAAGGCGUUUUCUUUGUCGCAGGAGUGGCGAGGCUCGUUUGAGCCGGUAGUUGAGGCGCAGAGGGAAGCUGUAGUGCCAGUGUUCGAGGAUUCGCCUUGUACAUUUAAAGGUGGUUUGCUAAAGAUGGCAGACCCAGAUGUCCUCACUGAGGUUCCUGCAUCAUUGAAGAGGUUAGCCAAGUAUGUGAUCCGAGGUUUCUAUGGCAUUGAGCAUGCUUUGGCCUUGGACAUCUUGAUCCGGAACCCUUGUGUGAAAGAGGAAGAUAUGUUGGAGCUGCUCAAAUUUGAUCGGAAGCAACUUCGUUCAGUUUUGAAUAACUUAAAGGGAGACAAGUUCAUCAAAUGCAGAAUGAGAGUAGAGACUGCUGCGGAUGGGAAAACGACUCGCCAUAACUACUACUUUAUCAAUUAUCGUACUCUUGUUAAUGUGGUAAAAUAUAAAUUGGACCACAUGAGAAGGAGGAUUGAAACUGAUGAGAGAGAUUCCACCAACCGGGCUUCCUUCAAAUGUCCUGUCUGUUCUAAUACUUUUACAGAUUUAGAAGCUAAUCAGCUCUUUGAUCCCAGGACAGGAACUUUCCGCUGCACUUUUUGCGAUACAGAGGUAGAAGAAGAUGAAUCAGCAAUGCCGAAAAAAGAUGCACGCACACUUUUGGCAAGGUUUAAUGAACAAAUUGAGCCCAUUUAUGCUUUGCUUCGGGAGACAGAGGAUGUGAACUUGGCCUACGAAAUACUUGAGCCAGAACCCACAGAAAUACCAGCCCUGAAACAGAGCAAGGACCGUGCAGCAACUACUGCUGGAGCUGCUGGCCUGGCAGGUGGGCACCACCGGGAAGCAUGGGCUACCAAAGGUCCCUCCUAUGAGGACUUAUAUACUCAGAAUGUUGUCAUUAACAUGGAUGACCAAGAAGAUCUUCAUCGAGCCUCACUGGAAGGGAAGUCUGCCAAAGAGAGACCCAUUUGGUUGAGAGAGAGCACUGUCCAAGGAGCAUAUAGUUCUGAAGAGAUGAAGGAAGGCGGCGCGGAGGCGGGCGCGUUCCCGGGCCGCGAGGAGGGCAGCGCGGGGCCCGAGGAGAACGAGGAGGUGAGCCAGCGGCCCGAGCUGGUGGCGCAGAUGACGCCGGAGGAGAAGGAGGCCUACAUAGCCAUGGGGCAGCGCGUGUUCGAGGACCUGUUUGAGUGAGCUCCCGGCCUCUGCCCACGCCCGUCGGAAGUCCCCUCCCCCGAAGAGAGGCGUUUGGCGGCUUUCUGCCCCCUCCUGUAAGGCGACCGUUCCUCUUGCGCCAGAAACCACGGGAGAGAGAUUGACUCUCAUGACAGAAACUUUCCCCACAGACAGGCUGCAGGCGUUCCCUCCCCCCUACUAUGACAGUGUUCCUACUUUACUGUGGUUUUUUAAAAUCGAGGCCUUUUUGUUUCCUUUCUAAGGCACGGUCUUCUCCUUUGUGAGGUCAGUGAGGGAAGCCUGUAAGGUGAAUUCUUCCCGUGCCUGCAGCAGCCCAGUGUGACAGGUCACGGCAGCGCACUGAUCCAAUUUUUAAAAAUCCAUUCUGAGCAAGCAUUCCGAACAAUUCCUGGCGUUGCUGCCAAGCAAAGCAGCUUGCCAACGGCAAGUCAUUUGAUGAGGGGGGAAAGCAGCCUUAAAGCUGCAGUUGAGGAUGGUGUCAGUAAGUAAGGGGAGGUGGGCAGUGUGCAGGGAAGAGGGAUGGAUGUGCCUAAAUCUCAUGAUUAAAAUCUAAACCAAAAUCUGUGUAUUUACAACUGACCUGACUGGUAGAUUCUGUUGUUUUGCUUAUUGCCUUUUGGUUUGUAUGAUAAAAAACAGAAAGUGGGUUUGGUAAACCCUUAUGAAGAAAUUAGGAAAAAACAUGGACAAAGGACAAGGAGUCCAUGUAAGGGGUUCCCUUCUUCUACAGUGCUAUAGAUUGUCUAUGAGGGCAUUUCAGCGGAAACCAGCAUACAGCAAGUGAUACUCCCCUCUUUUUCUCCCUCAACACCAUUGAACUCCUUCUUUGCCUCUCUCUCGAUUGUUGUCAGACACGGUAUUACAGAAUACACCCAGAAUAUUGUUGAGCAUUGUCACCUCAAGGAACAUACUUUAUUUUCAAUCCUGAUAUGUAGCAUGGUAUUAUUCCCUAAGGCAGAACUUUAAAAGUAAGGAACUUUCAUACAAGGAUCUGUAACAGUUGUAUAUUUUGUAAUAUUUCCCCUUGCAUUGUAAUUUUUAAGUAUUUAUCAUUUUAUAGUACAUGUGUGAAGUUAAGGUAGAUUUUAGAGUUACCUGAGCCCUGUAGGAAGUGAUGUUUCAUUUACCUGGCUGUAUGAAUGACUGAAUAUCAACCAACUAUUUUAUACUGACUGAAAUUUGUUAAUUUCCAGCUCUGUAACAUCUUGGAGUGUAAUUAAAAUGAAUAUUCUUCUCAUUAAAAAAA